GAGAGCGGGAAGCAGAAGAAGGCGGUGGUUCAGUGGUUUGUUCGUGUGUCUGAAGUGCCUGUGAGCAAACUGAAGCUGCUGGGCAGAGAGCCUCACCCGCAGGAGAUCUUCUACUACCAGGGUCGCAGCUGUGACGACGAGGUCGACGCCGGGUCCAUCCUCGAGCCUGUGCAGGUGAAGCACCUGAUUGGAGAAGCUCCGUUCCCGGACUCUGGCGAUAGGGACACCCUGUACGUGAAGCUGUCCUGGGACUCCAAGACCUUCAAAAUGCUGGACUCUGCUCUGGUGGAGUCUGAACUCGCUCCAGCUUCCUCCACUCCUCCCUGUCCCAAAGCCUCCCUCCCCCCCUCACCCCCCUGCUCCCCGCCUGCAGCGGCUCCAGCGUCUCGAGGCCCCGCCCGACGCGCCCUACCGACUCCGGACCUCACCGUCAUGCGCCGGGCCGCACAGGGGGAAGUGAGAUACUGCCGGGCCACCAUGAGCGCGGAAGUAGAGUCGCUGCACUCUGGCACCAAAAUGUCUGCCUCAAAAUGUCUGAGCGCCAAGAGGAGGAACGCCUCGGUCAGGACGCCCGGCGUCCGCAAGAAACUGGAACUCAGCAAUCCUGAGAAGAAGUCGAUGAUCAGUGAGGACAUCCUGAGCCAGCUGCUGGAUGAGGAGCUGGAGUCGGAGGUGAUGUGGGCUGUCGGAAGACUGUCGGCCUCUCCCCCUCAGGACCUGUCCCUCACCCACAGCCUCAGCCCCCUCAAGAAGCCCCACACAGCCCCCGACACUUUCCCCCUGAAGCCCUCCACCCUCGUCCUCCACAGGGUGUCUCUCUCCGAGAGGAACAGUCCUCCAUCGUCUGCCAGUCCUCAGCAGGGUGAUGAUGUGAUGGAGGCAGGGUUACCGACUGGCUCGGGUAAGACACCCAGAAGAAGAAAUGCCACGCCGAGGAGACAGUAUGCCACCAGGGAACAGAAAGCUACCACUCCUUCUCGAAAGAAAGAACCGGAAACCCUGAAGGAACCAUUCCUGGGAGUCCUGGCUGAGGUGGAUAAUGAAAACUCUCCGAUGCUGCCGGUCACCUUCACACCGAGGAGCUCGAAGAGGAAGUCGGCCCAGCUGGUGUCGUCUCGCAUCAGAAAACAGCUGAACCUUCUGGACAACCUGCAGGACCUGAACUCAGAUGGAGAGGACGAGGAGGAGUUUGUUCCGUCAAAGAAGGAGCUUCAGAGCAGCAGUGAUGAUGAUGGGGAGGAGGAGGCAGGGCUCGACAGUGAUGAAGAGGUAGUGUUUAAAAAGGGCAGAUAUGCUGCGGCAGGGUCUCGUACUCCUCGGUCAAAGCAGAGAACUCGCUCCUCAACCACAACGCCGCGAAAAACUCCAAACAAGAAGAUCACACCCGGCACGCCACGGACUCCUCAUCGCGCCAUUCCCAGCAUCCCCAGCAGGUCGCUGCCGGCCCGACAGCCUGCUAAUGUUCUGGAGGAGGCCAGGACGAGGCUGCACGUGUCCUCGGUGCCAGAGUCGCUGCCCUGCAGAGAGCAGGAGUUUCAGGACAUCUACAGCUUCGUGGAGAGCAAGAUCGUAGACGGCACGGGGGGGUGUAUGUACAUCUCAGGUGUGCCGGGCACAGGGAAGACGGCCACAGUCCAGGAGGUGAUGCGCUGUCUGCAGCACGCGGCCGACGUGGACGAGAUCUCUCCUUUCCACUUCAUCGAGAUCAACGGGAUGAAGAUGACGGAUCCUCAUCAGGCCUACGUCCAGAUCCUGCAGAAGCUGACGGGUCAGAAGGCCACGGCCGACCACGCAGCAGCUCUGCUGGAGAAGAGAUUCAGCAACGCUGCACCCAGGAAGGAGACUACCGUGCUGCUGGUGGAUGAAUUGGACCUGUUAUGGACCCGGAAGCAGAACGUCAUGUACAACCUCUUCGACUGGCCGACACGGCGUCACGCCCGCCUGGUGGUGCUGACCAUCGCGAACACCAUGGAUCUGCCGGAGAGGAUCAUGAUCAACCGAGUGGCCAGCAGACUGGGUUUGACCAGGAUGUCGUUCCAGCCGUACAGCUUCAAGCAGCUGCAGCAGAUCAUCAUGUCCCGGCUGAACAAGGUGAAGGCCUUUGAGGAGGACGCUCUCCAGCUAGUCUCCAGGAAGGUGGCCGCUCUGUCGGGCGACGCUCGCCGAUGUUUGGACAUCUGCCGCAGGGCGACGGAGAUCUGCGAGCACUCUGCCGCCGACCCGUCCGCCACGGGUUUGGUCGGAAUGAGUCACGUGAUGGAGGCGCUGAAUGAGAUGUUCUCCUCCGCCUACAUCACUGCCAUCAAGUGUGCGUCGGUGCAGGAGCAGCUCUUCCUCCGGGCGGUUAUCGCUGAGUUCCGGCGGCUGGGAUUGGAGGAGGCCACCUUCCAACAGGUGUUUGUGCAGCACCAGGCUCUGUGUCGGGUGGAGGGUCUGCAGCCUCUCAGCGUGUCGGAGGGCCUGGCGGUGUGUCAGCGUCUGGGUGCCUGCAGGUUACUGCUGCUGGAGCCGAGCCGCCUGGGAGUCCUGCAGCGAGUCCGCCUCAACGUCAGCCAGGACGACGUGCUCUACGCCCUGAAGGCCGACUGAAUGAGGGUCCUCUUCAGACUCCUUUUAUCUGAACCACGUGAGAAAUGUUUACCCGAGUUAUAUACACUGAAAUGCCUGAAAUCAAACUGAGUUCUGGUUUUAAACCUUUAAUUACUUUGUGUGUAAACUCCUCAAACUACUCGGAUUAAGACAAUAACACACUUUGAGCAGAGGGAUGUAUUUGGAGUCAGAUUUUUUACAUCGUCUUUCUUUUUUGUGGUGUCCCUCUUUUUGUGGUGUCCCCAGUUUAAAAUGAGAUGUUGCUCUUACUGGAAUUAUUUUUAACGUUGUAUAGUAUAUUUUUAUGUUUCAGUACCUGAAUAUGCAAUAAAACUCCAUCUUUAAUAUG